AUGCGUGAAUUUUAUGCCUAUAGAAUUCAAAACAGAAUAGCUGAAGGUAGGACUCUAAUUAGCGGAGGUAAAUUAUUUCAACAAUACUUAGUUGAUGCUUUCUCAUGUGUUGAGGAAGAGCGACUUGAUUAUAUUAGAAGAAAUCAAUCAGAUUUACGAGCUGAAGUUUAUAAAGGUAUAAAGGAUGCAAUUGUUGCAGGUGAUGUUGAUGGUAAUGCUAUUGGUAAAAAGAUUAUUUUACCAUCUAGCUUCACUGCAGGUCCACGUUAUAUGAUGCAAAACUAUCAAGAUGCUAUUGCCAUUUGUAGACAUUGCGGACAUCCUGAUCUAUUCAUCACAUUUACUUGCAAUACGCAGUGGUUGGAAAUUGAAAAUGCUUUACGAUUUAUUUCUGGACAAAAAGCCGAAGAUCGACCGGAUAUUGUUAGUAGAGUUUUCAAAAUGAAAGUUGAGGCAUUAAUGGCAGAUAUUAAAAGCGGAGUCUAUUUUGGUAAAGUUGUAGCUGAUUUAUAUACUGUUGAAUUCCAGAAAAGAGGACUUUCUCAUGUGCAUAUCUUAGUAUGGCUAGAUGCAAGUCACAAGUCACCAAGCAGUACGGAGAUAGAUUCUAUUAUUUCUGCUGAAAGACCGGAUAAAACUAUUGAUCAUGUUGGAUACGAAGCUGUUUCAAAGUUUAUGGUUCAUGGCCCAUGUGGCUUGGCAAACUCAAAAGCACCGUGUAUGGCUAAAGGACGAUGCUCGAAAUAUUUUCCGAAAGAGUUCGGAACUGAAACAAUGAUGGAUGAAAAUGGAUUUGCUAUUUACAGAAGAAGAGAUAAUGGUAGAAAUGUUACAAAAAAUAACAUUGAUCUUGACAAUAGAUUUGUUGUACCACACAACCUUAGACUGUUGAUCAAGUAUCAAGCCCAUAUCAAUAUUGAGUGGUGUAGUAAGACGAGACUUAUUAAAUAUUUAUUUAAAUACAUUAAUAAAGGUCCAGAUAGAACCAGAGCUGUGAUUGAAGAUAAUUACUCACCUGGUGGUACAGAUUCAGUUGAUCAGUAUAAACAAGUUGAUGAAAUUAAGCAAUACUUAGACUGCAGAUAUUUAUCAACAUAUGAAUCUGUUUGGAGACUAUUUCAGUUUGAUAUACACAGUAGAGAGCCUACAGUUGAGCGCUUAACUGUUCAUAUGCCACUGAUGAAUAAUAUAAUAUACCACGAGAGUCAAAGCUUAUCUGAUGUUGUGAAUAGAUUUAAUAUUGAAAAAAUAAUGUUUACUGAAUGGAUGAUGGCCAAUUGCAUAUAUGAUGAUGCACGUGAAUUAACAUAUGCAGAAUUUCCGAUUAAAUGGGUUUGGCAUCAAGAUGAGAAAAUUUGGACAAGACGCAAAAGAGGAAAUCGUAUAGGAAGAAUUGUUUAUAUUCAUCCACACUCUGGUGAACUGUAUUUUCUAAGAAUGCUCUUAAAUAAAGUUAAAGGAGCAAGAAAUUAUACCGAGAUUAAAACUGUGGAUGGUAUUGUACAUGGAACAUUUCGUGCUGCAUGUGAUGCUAUUGGUUUGCUUGGUGAUGACUUAGAAUGGCGGAAUGCAUUAGAAGAAGCAAAUUAUUGGUCAUUUGAUUCUAACCUGAGGCAACUUUUUGUGACUUUAAUUAUAUUUUGUGAAGUCGGUGAUCCGAAAAAAUUGUGGGAUGAUUGUUGGGAAAUGAUGUCUGAUGAUAUACUAUAUAGAUUAAAGGAAGUUUUAGGAGUUCCCAAUCUCAAAGUGUCUCAGAUAGAUUUGCAGAAUUAUAUCUUAUUUGAAUUAGAAAUAAUGUUCAAUAAAAAUGGCAGCCCCCUCAGUCAGUUCAAACUGCCAAUUCCUACUAGAUUACUUAUGGAAGAUAUGGACAACAGAUUGUUAAGGGAGGAAAUGAAAUAUGAUGUAGAUACUCUAAGAUGUGAACAUUCAAAAUUAUUUGGUAAUUUGAAUGAUGAGCAGCUACCUAUCUAUCUUUUGACAUCUGUUUAUGAAAAUAAAGGAGAUGUGUUUUUUGUUUAUUGUCAUGGUGGAACAGGCAAAACUUAUCUUUGCCAAACAAUAAUAACGAAGCUGCGUUCUGAAGGAAAAGUUGUAUUGGCCGUAGCGUCGUCAGGAAUUGCAUCGUUGUUACUCCCUGGUGGUCGAAUAGCUCAUUCAAGAUUUAAAAUACCUAUUAAGCUUGAUGACUUCUCAACAUGCGAAAUAAAAAAAGGGACACAACUUGCAAGAUUGCUUCAUUGUGCUUCCUUAAUUAUAUGGGAUGAAGCACCAAUGAAUCACAGGAAUUGCUUUGAAGCUUUUGGAUAG